AUGGAAGAGGAGAAAUAUUUGCCUGAGCUGAUGGCAGAGAAAGAUAGCCUGGAUCCAUCUUUUGUGCAUGCAUCGCGCCUUUUGGCGGAAGAAAUUGAAAAAUUUCAAGGUUCUGAUGGAAAAAAAGAAGAUGAAGAAAAGAAAUAUCUUGAUGUCAUCAGCAACAAAAACAUAAAGCUCUCAGAAAGGGUAUUGAUUCCUGUCAAGCAAUAUCCAAAGUUCAAUUUUGUGGGGAAAUUGCUUGGACCAAGAGGAAACUCCUUGAAGAGACUACAGGAAGAAACAGGUGCUAAAAUGUCUAUCCUGGGCAAAGGAUCAAUGAGAGAUAAAGCAAAGGAAGAAGAAUUAAGGAAGAGUGGGGAAGCCAAGUAUGCCCACUUGAGUGAUGAACUUCAUGUAUUAAUUGAAGUGUUUGCUCCACCUGGGGAAGCUUAUUCACGAAUGAGUCAUGCACUGGAAGAGAUUAAAAAAUUCCUGGUUCCUGACUACAAUGAUGAAAUUCGUCAGGAACAGCUACGUGAAUUAUCUUACUUAAAUGGCUCAGAGGACUCUGGUCGUGGCAGAGGUAUUAGAGGCAGAGGGAUCAGAAUAGCCCCCACAACCCCUUCAAGGGGCCGUGGGGGCGCCAUUCCUCCUCCCCCCCCACCUGGACGGGGUGUCCUCACCCCUCGAGGGACUACUGUGACUCGUGGAGCUCUUCCAGUGCCUCCUGUAGCAAGAGGUGUCCCUACUCCACGAGCCCGCGGAGCACCGGCAGUGCCGGGAUACAGGGCACCCCCUCCUCCAGCCCACGAGGCUUAUGAAGAAUAUUACUCUCUCCCUCUCUCUCUCUCUGUUCCUACCCCAUUGAAAUCAUACCAAGGGUAUGAUGAUGGCUACGGGGGUGAAUAUGAUGACCAGACCUAUGAGACUUAUGAUAACAGCUAUGCCACCCAAACGCAAAGUGUGCCUGAAUACUAUGACUACGGUCAUGGAGUAAGUGAGGAUGCCUAUGACAGCUACGCACCAGAAGAAUGGGCCACAACCCGCUCCAGCCUGAAGGCACCACCGCCAAGGUCAGCCAGAGGGGGAUACAGGGAGCACCCCUAUGGUAGAUAUUGA